GGGCGCGGAGAGAGCCGGCCCGGGGCCGCGGAUGCAGCCCGUGACUAUGGCAAUGACGGCAGGGACGGCAGCCACCUUCCCUAUGAGCAACCACACCCGGGAACGGGUGACCGUGGCCAAGCUGACUCUGGAGAACUUCUACAGCAACCUGAUCUUACAGCACGAGGAGAGAGAGACCAGGCAGAAGAAAUUAGAAGUGGCCAUGGAGGAAGAAGGGCUGGCAGAUGAAGAGAAAAAGCUGCGUCGAUCUCAACACGCUCGGAAGGAAACAGAGUUCUUACGACUCAAGAGAACCAGACUUGGCCUGGAUGACUUUGAAUCUCUGAAAGUUAUAGGAAGAGGAGCCUUUGGGGAGGUGCGGCUGGUUCAGAAAAAAGACACAGGCCAUAUCUAUGCAAUGAAGAUCCUGAGGAAAGCUGACAUGCUUGAAAAAGAACAGGUGGCCCAUAUCCGAGCAGAAAGAGAUAUUUUGGUGGAAGCAGAUGGUGCGUGGGUGGUGAAGAUGUUUUACAGUUUUCAAGAUAAGAGGAACCUCUAUCUGAUCAUGGAGUUCCUUCCCGGAGGUGACAUGAUGACGUUGCUGAUGAAGAAAGACACCUUGACAGAAGAGGAGACCCAGUUCUAUAUCUCAGAGACUGUCCUGGCUAUUGAUGCCAUCCACCAGCUCGGCUUCAUCCAUCGGGACAUCAAACCAGACAACCUCUUACUGGACGCAAAGGGUCACGUAAAACUGUCUGACUUUGGUUUGUGCACGGGGUUAAAGAAAGCUCACAGGACAGAAUUCUACAGGAACCUUACCCACAAUCCACCAAGUGACUUCUCAUUUCAGAACAUGAACUCAAAGAGGAAAGCAGAAACAUGGAAGAAGAACAGAAGGCAACUGGCAUACUCCACUGUGGGGACGCCAGACUACAUCGCCCCGGAAGUGUUCAUGCAGACUGGCUACAACAAGCUGUGUGACUGGUGGUCUUUGGGGGUGAUCAUGUACGAAAUGCUAAUAGGAUACCCACCUUUCUGCUCUGAAACCCCUCAAGAAACAUACCGAAAAGUGAUGAACUGGAAAGAAACUCUGGUGUUUCCUCCAGAGGUGCCUAUAUCUGAGAAAGCCAAGGACUUAAUUCUCAGAUUUUGUAUUGACUCUGAAAACAGAAUUGGGAAUAGUGGAGUAGAAGAAAUCAAGGGGCACUCCUUUUUUGAAGGUGUGGACUGGGGACAUAUCAGGGAAAGGCCAGCGGCGAUCCCCAUCGAAAUCAAAAGCAUCGACGAUACGUCCAAUUUCGAUGACUUUCCCGAGUCUGACAUAUUACAACCAGUGCCAAAUGCCUCGGAACCAGACUACAAGUCCAAAGACUGGGUUUUCCUCAACUACACGUAUAAACGCUUUGAGGGGCUGACUCAACGUGGCUCCAUUCCCACCUACAUUAAAGCGGGGAAGUUGUGAAAGGAGAGCGCAGAGGCGCCCACAGGAGCUCAGGUAGCUGCAUCACCUGUCCAGCAGAUACUACCGGGAGGGAGGGACGGUGGUGCUUUCGACAGAGAAAGAAAUCCUGAAGGACUUGGGUUUCCGAGACUACUUGACUUGGCUGGCAGUGCCAGCUGGCUGUGUUUUUUUUUUUUUUUUUUUUUUUUACUAUUUUUGACUUUAUUAUUAUGAAGGUACUGGGAUGAGAGAGAGGAAAGUAUCCCUCUGGACCUGUACUGCCUACACAAGUCUUAGGUCUGAGUGGCAAUGUGGUCCGUGGCUUUGUGCUGUCGCCUGUCACAGAAGGAUGCAGAGAGAGCACAGAUCGCCUCAGCCCUGCUGUCCAUCAGUCUGUUCAACCAACCGCACACCUUACGGGUCCAGCCAGCCAAAGCCACCGCCCGCAGCUGCCCCAUAGGCUUGGACCUGCGCGGAACACAUCUGGCGACAACUCUGCAGUGGUCUUGGGGAACUUGGGAAGGGCACUGCACUGGCUGUGGAAGCGUAGAGCUCCCCGUCACUUGUCACUUCACAGUAGGGAGUGACAAGUCUCUUACCUCCAGUAGCUGUCACUCUAGCAUUCCACUAACCCCUCCUUUGCGUUCUGAAAUGCCCUCUUUCUGUACGUAGUCUGUCACUCAGAGAGGCAGGCUAUAUGAUGUAAGAUGUAAAGUUGCUUUCAUCUUGAGAGGGCCUUUUUU